AUGCAUUCGUCCUCACCUCCAAUCACGCUGCCGCAGUUUCCCGAUUGGGUCCAGCAACUGGCCCACAUCCUGCCCCUCGCCGUCUUCGUCGAAUUCGUCGACGCUUCACUGAAGUUGCACGGCUUCCAACUGAAUGGACUCACCCCCCUCUGGAACUGGCCCAUCACCCCGAAGGAUGCGCGGCUCCUCCUCUCGACCGAAGACAGCUCCGCUGCCUGCUAUCUCGACCGCGCCAACAGCCCCGGACACGCCGCGCUCCAAUGCAUUGACGGCCGGCACGGCGACUGCUACCAAAGCAACGCGCCGGCGACAGUGCGCCUCUGCGUGUCGAAGCUGCACGUGGCCAAGACCGUGCUCAACCCCAGCCGGGUGUUUGACGGCAGCCCGGCGGCGACAGCGCGGAUGCAGAAGCUGGACUUCGUGCACGUCUACCCGGCGGCAGCGUCGUCGGCCAGCUCGCGUGUGCACAAGGCCCUCUUCGCGCACCAGCAGUCGUCGGUGCGGUACUGCCUGACGUCGAUGCUGGGCUGGCUGUUCUGGAUCGCGCUGACGUGCUUCGCCUUCCUGGCCGAGCAGUACGUCGGCGCCGUCUACCUGAUCCUCAUGCCGCUCAGCGGCGUGCUGGCUGUGCUCACCAACAGCGGCGAGCCGCGCGCCAUCUCCCCUUCCGCCUCUCCUUCGUCGUCCUCGGCCUCGUCUUCCGCAGGACCGCUCUCCCGGCUGGUGCUGGCCGCCGACUCGCUCAACGCGACCGAGUGGUGGGGCUUCUACGGCGGCAGCGACGCGCUCAACGGGCUGCUGCGCCGGCCGCUCUACCGCGAAGCCGGGCUGCUGCCGGGCCUCUCGCGGCCGGUGCGGCUGGUGCUGCGCGUCCUCAUCCUCGGCCAGUGGGUGCUGGCGCUCGUGGCGUGCGUCAAGCGGGACUGGAACGCCUUCGUCGUCGCCUUCUGGGUCUUCUGGUGCGCCGUGGCCAGCAGCAGCGACGUCGGCGGCAUCUACACGCCGGCCCACGGCGUCGAGGACUGGCUCAAGUACUCGUGCAACGUCCGCAUGCGCCGCGUCCAGGCCGUCUUCUCCUCGCGCAAGGCCAUGCUGGGCGCCCUCGUCUACUUGAACCCGGACACCGUCGGGAGGCGGCUGCAGUGGGUCAACCACUUCUUCGAGGACGGGCCCGAGCGGAGGGAGUGGGAAUCGGCGCUGCUGGAUUUCAUCGAGACGGGGAGCUGCAACGACGACGACCUCAGAGACCAGCCGUGCUGGGCGUGGAUCGAGGAGGGCGUCGAGAUGGGGAAGAGGAUUGCAGCCGUGAUGAAGCAAUCGGAAAAAGGGGACUGCCUUGCCGCCUGA